GGUAUAGAGGAUGCAAUAGCACAUAUUUAAGAAAGGACGAGUUAGGAGAAGAUUUGCAAAUGCGAAUGCGUGAAUUUGACCGACUAAUGUUUCGAUUACUGAUCAAAGACACUGCUGUACUAUUGAAUACUAAGACGCGUGGGAAUGAAAUGGAAUGGCACGUGGAAUCCAAGUUGAAAUCCGUGGAAUCCAAGUUGAAAUCCAUUGUCGUAUUCAUCACUGUUUUAGGACGAAUGACUUGGAAUUUCUUCAGGAUUGUUACAUAAGAGGUUUAAGCUAAUUAAAGUUCAUGAAAUUAAAGAACUAUAAAUAUGAGAAUUUUUAUUAUGCUACUUCGUGAAAAUUAAAUUACUUCAAACAAAAAUAUAAUUGGAGGCGCCAAUAAAAAGAAGAGGGGAAAAAUUUUAGGGGCACGCGAUUUGCUUAAGCCGCUUCUUUAAGUUGUAACAGCCAACAGUAGGCAAAAUUCCUCAAGCUCCUCAUAAAACCUCUGCGAAAACCGUCAAACGCUCGUUCUUAAACCCAAGCAGAAAAAAGGAAUGGGGAAGAAGAAGAAAAGAGCAGAAAUAGAUGCUGAGGCAGAAGCGGAGAGAAACAAGCUUGAGUUCGAGGAGCUCAUUAAUGGCGAUUCUCAUACGAAGAUGAAGAAGAAAAAGAAAAAGAAGGAAAGAAAUGAGACUGAGAAAGAAGUGAACCAAGCGAAGGGCAAACCUACAGUGAGCAUCGCCGUCCCCGGUUCCAUUAUUGAUAACGCUCAAUCUCUAGAACUCGCUACCAGAUUGGCUGGUCAGAUUGCUCGCGCCGCGACCAUAUUUCGGAUCGAUGAGGUGGUGGUGUUUGACAAUAAAAGUAGUUCGGUGAAUGAGGAUCCCACUAUCAACACUGGAAACAAACCUGAUGAUACUGAGAGUGGUGCGGCUUUUCUCAUAAGGAUCUUGCGCUAUCUCGAGACUCCACAGUAUCUAAGAAAAGCCCUAUUUCCGAAGCUUAAUAGCCUGAGGUUUGUGGGUUUGUUGCCUCCUCUUGAUGCUCCACACCAUUUGCGCAAGCAUGAGUGGGCUUCCUAUCGGGAGGGUGUCACUUUAAAUGAAAAAGCUCCAAACUCUCAGGGAACAUUAGUUGACGUGGGUUUGAGUAAGAAUGUUGUAAUUGAUCAAGUUCUUGAGUCUGGCAUUAGAGUAACUGUGGCAAUGGGAACCAACCGCAAUUUGGAUCCUGAUUUACCACGCCAGGUUGUAUCAGUGUCCAAACCUAAAGAGGAAGCAGGAAUGUAUUGGGGUUAUAGAGUGCGGUAUGCUUCAAAUAUCAGCUCAGUAUUUAAUGAGUGCCCAUACAAGGGUGGCUAUGAUUAUUUGAUUGGUACCUCAGAGCAUGGUCAGAUUAUUAACUCAUCUGAGCUUUCUUUGCCAAUUUUCAGGCAUUUGUUGAUUGCUUUUGGUGGCCUUGCUGGGUUGGAAGAAAGUAUUGAAGAAGACAGUAGUUUAAAGGGUAAAAUUGUUCGAGAGGUGUUUGAUUCGUACUUGAAUACCUGUCCUCAUCAAGGAAGUCGAACAAUCCGAACAGAGGAAGCAAUUUUCAUCUCGCUUCAAUAUUUCCAAGAACCCAUCAACCAAGCAUCGCAAAGAAUUCAAUGCUAAUGUUAGUCUGUGGUGGGCUAAAAUUAGUCUCGAUUCACAAACGUCUGGAUGUGGUUGCUGACUAUAGGAACGACAUCCAUCAAAUAGCAUGCUUAGGAUUGUAUGUUUUUCAUUAUUUAGCCUGCUUUUUUAACCUGAAAGUUUGUGUAAUUUUCAAAGGAUUUUAUUUUAAUAUAUUUUCUGGAAGUUUAAUGAUGAA